AAGAGACUUUGGGAGCGGCCAGAGAUUUCAACGCCCUGCUCUCAGUUCCUGUGGCUUUGACUACGACAUCACAAACACACAACCAUACGGCCGUGGACAGGCUGAGGGGUGUAAAGAGAGAGCAAACACAGAGAGAGCUCUGUCGGACAGAGAUUCAGCUAAUUGCAGGUGUGAAAGGGGAAACAACAAUUUGUCCAACAUCAGUGAAACCGUUGGAGCAGGAGAGCUUUUUUGGGACCCGCGGUUAAAAACACUUCACUCGCCAUGGUGACCCUUGACGUGCGGACCCUGACGGUGCCGGUGGGUGCGUUGCGGAUGCUGGAGGUGGUGCUCACCUGCAUCUCCUUCAGCCUGGUGGCCUCGUUGGGCCACAACAGCAGCUCCUACUGGGCCUGGAGCAUGUUCACCUGGUGCUUCUGCUGCUUCUUCACCCUCUUCAUCCUCAUCAUGGAGUUCACCAGCCUCAACGCCAAGGUGCCCAUCUCCUGGGACGACUUCACCGCCGCUUUUGCCAUGCUCGCCACGCUCAUGGUAUUGGCAGCCUCCAUUAUCUACCCCACUUUCUUCUCCUGCUCAAACUGUGGAAAGGCGAUCGGCGCCACCGUCACUUCCUGUAUAGCCUUUAUCCUGUACGCCGUGGAAGUGGGCUUGACCCGCGCCAAGCCUGGCGAGAUCAGUGGCUUCCUGUCCACCAUCCCAGGCCUGCUGAAGGUUCUAGAAGCCUUCGUGGCGUGCAUCAUCUUCAUCUCGCUGGACUCUGGAUUCUCCAGGUUUCCCGGUCUCCAGUGGUGCGUGGCCGUCUACUCCCUGUGCUUCAUAUUUGCCCUCCUCAUCAUCCUCUUCACCAUCUGCCGUGUCCUGGCCCUCGUUCCCAUCCCCCUGGACAAGGUGUUGACCGGCUACAAUGUGCUGGCGGUCUUGAUGUAUAUGACUGCUGUGGUCAUCUGGCCCCUCUACAGCUUCCAGAACAACAGCAGGCCCUCCAACUGCAACCACUGCAGCUGGGACAACCAGGUGGUGGUCUCCUUCAUGACCUGUGUCAACCUCAUUGUCUACAUCGUGGACACAAUCUACUCUGUCAAGCUGGUCUUCUUCCUCAGUCCAGUUUAGGGCUAUACAGUUUCCUGACAGACAAGAGAAACAGCCUCUACAUGCAGGAUUGGAUUUGUCUUUUUUUGGCCUCUUUCUAGCAGGUUCAAAUUUGUAUGUGCUUUUCUAUGAUGUAGUAUUCAUUUUGAUCAAAUGUUAAGGUGAAAAGUUAAAACUAAGGGCUAGAUUAUUGAUUGAUGUCCCUCUGUUUCUUUCUUUCUUUCUUUGUCUCUCUCUCUCUCUCUCUCUCUCUCUCUCUCUCUCUCUCUCUCUCUCUCU